CCGCGGGGCUCUUAAAGGCGCCGCGCCCCGGUACCGAGCCCGCCGCCGGUACCGGGAUGGAGGCGGCGCCCGCCACAGCGGCGGCCCCGGGCUGGCGCUGCCGGCCGGGGGGACGGCUGGACAUGAGCCACGGCUUCGUGCGGCACAUCCGCCGCAACCAGCUCGCCAGGGACGCGUACGACCGUGCGGUGCGGCAGGCGCGGGGCCGAGCGCGGACGAGGCUGACACCGGGCCCGGCGCGGCCCCGGCGGCCCGACCAGCAGGUGUACCGGCCGCACCGGGGCGGCGGGCCCGGGGGCGAUGCCAGCGCGGGUUCCCCCGCCGAGGGCAGCGCGGCCGCCCCGGAACCGGCGCGGGGGCCGCGGCUCUUCUGCCUCGAGUACGAGGGGGACGACGGGCGGGUGACGGCCGUGAUCGUGCACCAGGGGGACAGCGCGGAGGAGGUGACGCGGCGCGUGUGCGCCCACAGCCCCCUGGAGCCCCCCCUGCGCAGGGCCCUGUGCCAGCGCGUGCAGGACGAGCUCAGCAAGCGCCGGGGCACGGGGUGACGCUGCGGGCACGGCCCCGGGCGCUGCCACCCUCCCCCGGGACCCGUGCCAC